AUGUACAAGUCGCAGUAUAUUGGAGGUCAGAAGGAGAAAUUUGUGAGGCUAGAUGAUUUGGAUACAAUGUCAAUGAGUUCAGAUACCGGUAAAGUGAAGAAAUGUGGAUUUAAUAUAGAGGGUUUGGCUUUCACUGAUCGUAGAAAAAGAAAAUCGAGGUCAGUUAAUUUCGGAUUUCCGAGGGGAUCAGAUGGACUAAUGACAAUUGGUAGAUCAAUAAGAACUGGGGUCACCCGAGCAGUGUUUCCAGAAGAUCUUAAAGUUUCGGAAAAAAGGAUAUUUGAUCCACAAGACAAAUCCCUCCUGCUAUGGAACAGGCUGUUUGUCAUAUCAUGUAUCUUUGCGAUAGCCAUUGACCCUCUGUUUUUUUUUCUCCCUAUAUUCAAUAAGACACAGGAUUGCCUCUCUAUCGAUAAAAGUUUGGCAGCCACAAGUAUAACUCUGCGUACUCUGAUAGAUGUUUUCUACCUCUUCCGCAUGGCUUUACAGUUUCGUACAGCUUAUAUUGCACCAUCGUCUAGGGUGUUUGGAAGAGGAGAACUUGUGAUAGAUUCUGCAGAGAUAGCGCGGCGAUAUAUUCACCGUUACUUCCUUGUUGAUCUUUUGUCUGUCAUACCGGCACCCCAGAUUGUGGUUUUUAUAUAUUUGCAUGGAAAUGGCGCAGCUGUGCUGACUACAAAACAAGCAUUGCUAUACAUUGUCUCGUUUCAGUUAAUUCCAAGAUUUGCCCGCUUAUUAGCUUUGAACUCAGACCUUAAGAAGAGUGCAGGUUCUUUUGCUGAAACUGCUUGGGCCGGAGCUGCAUACUAUAUGCUUUGGUUUAUGCUUGCUGCUCAAGUCACCGGGGCUGCCUGGUACUUGAUGGCUGUAGAACGCUAUGAUACAUGCUGGCGGAAUAAGUGUGAGGAGACUGAUAAAUGUCAAGUAGAAUUUUUGUACUGCGGCAGUGAGAACAUGCGGGGUUACGCUGCGUGGGACAAAAUCAAAGAUGAGGUUCUAAAUAAGAGCUGCAGCGGGGGAGAAGAUAACACUGACUUUGAUUUUGGAAUCUUCAAAACCGCUGUAUCUUCUGAAGUUAUUUCAUCCACCAACUUUGGAGAGAAAUUUUUGUACUGCUUGUGGUUUGGAUUGAAAAGUUUAAGUACCCUUGGCCAGGGCCUUGAGACCAGUACGUUUCCUCUGGAGAAUAUAUUUUCCAUAGGGGUAGGCGUUUUUGGCCUCAUCCUCUUUGCCCUUCUGAUUGGAAAUAUACAGACGUAUCUUCAGUCUCUCACAAUUCGCCUUGAGGAGAUGAGAAUUAAAAGGCGCGACUCUGAGCAGUGGAUGCACCAUCGCUGGCUUCCACAAGAUCUUAGAGAAAGGGUUCGCCGCUACGAUCAAUAUAAAUGGUUAGAGACUCGAGGUGUAGAUGAGGAGAACAUUGUUUCAUCUCUCCCGAAAGAUCUCAGGAGGGACAUUAAACGUCAUCUCUGCUUGAAUUUGGUCAGAAGGGUGCCUCUUUUCACCAAUAUGGAUGAGCGGUUGCUUGAUGCCAUUUGUGAGCGUCUGAAACCAAGUUUAUGCACAGAGAACACUUUUAUUGUCCGGGAAGGUGACCCUGUAGUAGAGAUGUUAUUCAUCAUCCGUGGUCGCCUUGAAAGUGUAACCACAGAUGGUGGCAGGACUGGAUUCUACAACAGAGGUUUGCUUCAGGAAGGUGACUUUUGUGGAGAAGAGCUCCUAACAUGGGCACUGGACCCAAAAGCUGGCUCUAACUUACCAUCAUCUACUAGAACAGUGAAGGCUAUAACCGAGGUUGAGGCAUUUGCUUUGGAAGCAGAGGAGUUGAAAUUUGUUUCCACUCAGUUUAGGCACCUUCAUAGCAGACAGGUACAGUACACCUUCCGGUUUUACUCGCAGCAAUGGAGGACUUGGGCAGCCUGCUUUAUCCAAGCUGCUUGGCGCCACUAUAGGAGAAGGGUGGCUGCAGAAAAACAAAGAGAAGAGGAGGAAGGAUUUGGAUACAGUGACGGAGAUGAUGAUAAUGGUGGUGGUGGUGGUGGUGAUUCCAAAGGCGGUACUCGUAAACAUGGGCUUGGUGCCGCACUGCUUGCAUCUCGCUUUGCAGCAAAUGCUCUUCGUGGACACAGGCUUCGCAGUUCAGGCAGGAGAGAGCUACUGAAGCUGCAGAAGCCCCCCGAACCAAACUUCUCGGCUUAUGAUGAUAAGUAA